UUUUGGCGUUGCUAACAGCGCAAUGGUUGAAAUUUUUCACCAUCCGGAGGAGAAGGUUUUCAAGACAACAUUUCUCUCGAAAACAUCUCUGUUCUAUCUCAUAACAUCGUUUAUUCUUUUCAUUGGACCGGUUAUUAUUUUAUCUUACCUGAAAAACAUAUGGCCAUUCUACAAAUACAUCCCUGUAAAUGUAGGCCCAUGUAUUCCUGAAAUAAACCAAGCAUUCAUCUGGAUACCUACAGUUGAUCAGUAUAAUCAAGUUGACUUCAAAAUGUGGUCAGGAUCAGAUAAUAUACUGAACACAGUAAGAAGCAAUAUGCUUCCUGGAUCAUUCGACUAUGUCACUCAUGAAAGUUUUAUUCCUUUUCCAGCCAGAGAUGCUGGAAAGUCAGUGUCAAAAGCUAUUGAAAUUUCCAUCACUCUGAAUAACAUUGUAAACUUAAGUGUAAUGGGCGCACGUCUAUUUAUCCCAAUAACAUGCAGUCUAAAAAUUUCCUCACGGUGGAAAGAUACAUUUGCGUUGAAUUUGACUGGAUUAAUAUGGAAUGAAUAUCUUUCACUAACGCCAAUCAAUAAUUUAUUUAUUCAAAGUGAAUUAGUUAUCAAGCAAACACAAGCGUUGAGAUUGCAUGGGAUAGAUCCAAUAGAAAGAGCAAAUUAUAGAAGAACACUAGUCAGUGCAAAUCGUAUACAUUAUAACACUCUAACAUAUGAACUAGACAAUAUCAUGUAUGAUAUAAUGGACAGGAAUUUAACCAUUCAUCUUGGAAAAGUUCAUCAUCUGGCAAGUAUGGACAAAACAAGCCCUACAGGAUCAUUUAGUAUCAGUUUAAUGAUUCAUCUUUCAGAGAAAGAGAUGUUGUAUCCUUUUUUUUAUGAUAUUACCAAUGAUUUUACUUAUUCGGUUUAUUUACCAACCAAUAUCAGUUAGAGAUGUUAUUGAAAUCCAUUGCUGGAGUACUGGAUAACUGUUUCGUCCUAUUUCGAGACUCUUCAGAAGUACUCGGCCUCAAUCCCACUCAAUAAGGAUUGAACCAUCAGCCUUUGGAGUAGAAGAUUAAACUCAUUGACUAUUCAGCCUGAAUUUAAUGACUUGUAAGUUCUGAAGGUCCUGAGUUCGAUUCCUGGGAUGGGAUCGUGGGUGCGAACAGAUGAAGAGUCCCUUAAUAGUAGGACGAAACAUAUAUUCAGUCCUCCUUUAUUUUUCAACGGUUUCUCUACAUGAUAUUGAACCUUGACAACAUGUGAGGUUAUUAAUUAAUUAGCUGCCUACACCGUAAAAGUUGAUUUUUUUUUAAAACGCCUAAACCAGAAACAGUAAUAGGGGGAUAACGGUUUGUGACACCAGUCACAUACAACAUGUUUUAAGUGGACUCCUUAAAUUAUAUCCAGACUGCCACAUGAUAAGUUAGAAUACACCAUUCCUAGGGUUGAUCUUUCUUAACCCUACAUCCUUAUUGUGUGAAAAGAAAACCUGGUUGACUCACUAGUCACGUGAGAGGGAAAAACCUUACCGACGACGUUAUACCUCUAUUCACCCCCAAAAACACUCAUAAUGGUGUAAACGACCUAAACUACUGCUGGUGCAUACAAAGUUCUACGUUGAUAAUUCAGUUCGGUUCAGUAUAAAUGUUAUGCAAUCCGGCCAAAGGAUAAAAUUAUCGGUGUAUGAAUCCUAUCGUUCAUUAAAUUCCUCAACGAAAGUUAAAAAGUCUGUAUUAAUAUCAUUGAUUCUUCCAUUUAAUUGAUCUUAUAAUGUCACUUGUACAUCUCAGGAUACACCUAAUCAGCCCCUGUCGACAUAUCAGCUCCUAGUGCAGAUGCUUCGAUGAUUUGCGAGGACUAGUGGAAUUCAUUGGAAUCUGAUGCAGAAGAGAUGGCUUUCUGGGGACAAAGUGGUUUAGUGGAUAACGCUUUUUAGCGUUUGAAGCGAUAGGUACUGGGUUCGAACCCUAGUGGGAACAUCGUUACUCAUUGAAGAGUGAUGCGCAGACACAUCCAGAUGAUGAGUCCUAGCUAGGACUAAAUGCAUGUCCUGGACUGCUCCACUGCUAGUCCAUUAUCCACCAAACUAUGUAAUAAAUCAAAUCACAUCAAGUUGAAACCAAAAGGUGUUUGUCUUAGGAACUGAUAUACUAAAAAGGAUGUACAAUUUCGGUCUAGUAAAAAUUUACAAUGAGAAAUUCAAGGAUACAAUAAACAUGAACUGUUACCUUUUGUGCAAUUGGUGACUCUCAUCACUCACUAAGGAGGUGAGUCAAUUUCGUUCCAGCAAUUAAAUGAUCAAUAAGGUAGCUUUGUAAAACAGAUGUCUUGGGUUUAAACUCCGGGGCUUUGGGUCAUGGAUACAUAUAUCUGAAGAACCACUAACUAAGACGAAAAAGCCGUCUAGUAUUCCCUGGCUUUCCAGUUGUUCUCAAACUGAUGUCUGUUAGUUCUGAAUCUAAACUGAAACUUUGGAUGGCAAAUUUUUGGAGGAUUGGUUGAUUUCAUUUCAAGUUCGUAGGUUGUUGAAUUCAUCCCAGUGGUUCAGUGGUCGACCAUUUCUCCUGACAAUCUGAAGGUCUUAGGUUCUAUCUCCUAUGGGUGGGUCAUGACCGGUUGCUGCUGAAGAUACUCAAACCAGGAGGAAUUAAGCGUUUAGCUACUUCCUGUGGUCUUCAUCGGUUCUCUAAAUGAAGUCAGUUUGUGAUCUAACUUCCAUUCAGUCAAUUUUUUCUGCAUGUCAACAUUUUAAAACUCGCUGUUAUAUGAAUUAUACGUCAGUGAGAGAUUCGAAUCAGAUUCCCAAAAGGAAACACUUUUCAAGUUCCCCUAGUUUACUAGCUGGUAUAAUGAACCUGUAAAAAGGGAAAGAUCAGGUGUGUGUGUGUGCGUGUGUGUGUAAGGCUAACAACUCCACUUUGUAAAACAAAAAGCAACAUCAUUCCCCCUGAAAAUUCAGCGCUUAUCAACUGUUAUACUUUAUUUACGUCAAUUCUAUAUCUCCUUUGUCGAUUUUUAUUGCACCAAAAUGACUGGUCAUUGUUGACAUUGUAGCCGCCUAGCACAAACGCUUCGAUGUUCUCUGAAAGUACGCAUGAUGCUAUCAGAUGGUUGACAAUGGCUGGAAGAGGAAUCCAGGAAAAGAUUAAAGCAGUUUAAACGAUGGCUAUCGGGUUCAAUUCUCACAGAGGACAUUAUUAUUGACUGACUGGGAAUCUAUGUGAGUCGAGCUGAUGAGUCCCGAAUUGGACGAAACAUGCAUCUUGGAUUUCUAUGAUAGUCCCCAUUAUUAUCUGAGUAAUGCUACGAGUUAAGUUAACUUUUCUUAACUAACAUUUGUUAAACAAUGUAAGGCAUUUA